GCACAACUGAAUGGUUAUAAUGCUGUCCGAUGUAGUUGCUGUCGAACGUUUAUCUAGUAUGGUAAAAAAGGAGCAAGAACCUUUCUGUGACCAAACCCUAGUCAGCAAAGGAUCGUAGGUUUCUAACAUAAAAGAAUGAAUGCGCCGGAAGGGGAGCGGCGCGGCUCCCCUGGCUGAGCCCUCUGAGCUUCGUCACUUCUUCUGACGCUGUGUGGGUAGGUUACGGUCACCUCACCCCUUCGCACGGCACGGGUGGAAGGCAGUACGAAGAAAGCAGGUUCGGUACCCUGUUACUCCAUCGGCCGUAGACACAGCUGUAAAACGCUAUAUGUGAUCAACGCGACCAGGUUAACGCGACGUUUUAUCCGGACAUCACAGCACUUCGACUCGAGCAUAGCGAGAGACAAUACAUAGUAAGGCAUCACCAUCGGAGUCGCACCGCUACUACGCACUGCAACGAGCAAGAAGACACCCCCUUCAGCGACCUCUUCACAUACGCAGCAGCGACUUCGCAGCCAUCAGCGACCGCAGUAGUUUUGAGUAACAGCAGCCAGAGGUUCGUGGUGACCAUACGCCGUUCACUGCUCGUAGAGGACAGCACAUUGAGGAGGCCACAUCGUGAAGAAGAGCAAGUGAAGAAGAGAAUUAUCACAAAGCGUGUAGUCGAAGAAGGGUGGUAGAAGAAGGGUGGUAGAGCCACGGAAAUGAUUCCUUUUUCUUUGCCUUCUACAAACUAAAAUACUUCGACUUCUACACUCUUACUCCACCGAAAUACUGAUCUUAGAAAGUCCUAGGCUCAUCUUAUAAUACUUCGACUGCUAGUAGUAUAGAACUUCCGAAAGCGAUUCGUGGAUGGAACUUAUGCAGUUCUUCUGCUAGCACUCAAGAAGCAGAACAAGAUGGAGUUUUUUGAUUUGAGGAGACGGAACUUGUUGGAGGAUUAUUUUUGGACGCUACAGGAAGCCAAUAAUGCGGAGCCGCGUGAGAGGAAAGCGGCGAUCAAGCUUCAAUGCUUUUAUCGCGCGUCAAUGGUCAGGGAAAGAUGGCACGCCGUCCAUCAUGCAGGCUUAUUCAUACAGAGGGUCAUACGCGGGAUGCUGGGAAGACGUACUAUUUUUUUUUGAGUUCCAUAUUAUUUAUGAUCAUAGGAAGAUGUUAUAAUUUUCGACAAAAUAAAGCGUUGGUAUUUUCAUAUGACUGGAAUUAUGUUAUAAUUUUCGACAAAAUAAAGCGUUGGUAUUUUCAUAUGACUGGAAUUAUAGCUAUGAAAUCAAUUUCUUAUUCGUUUUCUGUUGAAGAGAACUUGCUGUUGAUGGAAUCUUUUUUUCCUACAUCCUUGACAUACAUAACAGUAAAAGCGAAAGCGGCGACGAUAAAGCGAGCGCAAGAAGUGAACAUGUCAUAUUUUAACCACUGCGCAGCUACGGUACUACUGCUUUUGUUAUUAAGUAUCUUUUUUACUAGUUGAAUCAAUGUAGUUGGUUCCCACGAUGCAGUAUUAGUCAGUGCUUACUAGCUUAGCACCCUACAAAAUUACUACAAAGCCUUCUCAUCUCCACCUCGAUUCAGAUACAAAUAGUUUUUCGAGUACUGUCUUCACUCCUUUUCAGAUACAAAAAGUUUUUCGAGGCUAUUGGAGCCGGCAAUAUACGCACUGUAUGCAUUCGAGGAAGGAGUAUCUGGACUCGGUCCGGAACAAGGGGGAUAAGACGAAUGCGUACUUUUCUAAUGUAUCUUCAUCUUGUCGUUUCUAAUGUAGCUUCAUCUUGUACCCUGAAAGAGGUGUGACACUAUUCUAGAAGAGGCAUGCUAGGAGAACCGAAAGCUUCGCAAAGAAGACACUACUCUUUUAUUCGAUUCGCCAGGUGGUUAAAGAACUACGAGCAUGAUGAGCAGGCGAAGCAUCAGAGGAAGAUUGAGGAGGAAAGAAAAUCGAGCUUCAACAAGCUCGCUUCACAGUUGCACCACUUGGUCUCAACUCAAAAGAUACCCGGAGUCUACAAUCCCCCAUAUAGCGACGCCCUCCCAACUGCGUUCCAGAUACCGAUAGAGGUACUUACCUAGAUAAUGUAAUAGAUGAAGUCGUGCAGAGCAUUUUUCCAUAGAGGUUUUUAUGACUGAUAGUACGGUUCCCCAUUAUUUAACAAGGUUUUUAUGACUGAUCCAUUAACAACUUGUUCAACCUACUUCAGCAACACUUGCGGUUACAAAGCACUGCGCGAGUUCCAGCUUCAAUAAGAAGGCCUAAUCUCAAUAGAAGUGUGACAAGGACGACGCGACCUCUAGAUCACACAGAGAAGGGGACCACGGAUGCUGGUAUUGAAAAUUAUUCGACUUCUGUUGUUAAUUGCUGGUAUUGAAAAUUAUUAUUAAAUGUUGAGGUUGAGAUAAAAACUUCCCGGACCCGCUCCAAUUGACAGCCAAGAUCCGUGCCGGUCCGCCGCAGCCGGUGGCUAAGAGGGUCCCUCUGGUAAGUAGAGCAGCGAAUACAGGCCGGAUGCAGGCUAUUCAGGGUCCCUUCCUCACGAAAGACCAGAUCGAACUCAAAAAUGUCAAGGCCUACGACCAGUACUUAUUGUUUCUUUUUGUAAUCGCAGUUGAUGAAGAUUCUGGUUCUCGAUCUUGCAUUCUUGUUUCCGGUUUUGACUACUUAUAAGAUUGUGAUAGCUAUCAUCAGAGUAGUGUAAAUGUCAGGAGGUGAAAGGAUUGACUCCCAUGAAGAUUGUUCAACAGGAUGCAUCUUCAAGUAACUACUCGAGUACGAAUUAGUACCUCCGAAUCGUAUGACCUCAUCAUCUUAUUGUCUGCUCCCUUCCCAGGAACCGUUCAGUGCAGGCCUCUUCGCAUUACAAUAUCGUGGAGCGCACGAAGCGGUCUGAAGCGAGGCUGUCGCAGCUGACGCGUAUAGGCCCAGAUGAGUUCGUGUUCCGCAAGGCGAACGAGGACAAGCUGAAGCCUUCGGUGAAUGCAGAAACCCGAUAUCUGGAGCGGCCAGUGGAGUUCCGCCAGGACUACAUGGAAUUGCCGAAAAUCAAGGACAAACCGCCAUUUUUCACCGCGGUUCCAGGAGGAAAAGACCUCAGGGACUACGAUGACCAGAAAUACAUACUUGGUGCGCUACCACCGUAGACUGGUUUGGUUGUUCCUUUGGUUGUUGGCUCUUACUGUUUUGGUUGUUGCUCCUUUGGAUGUUGGCUGUUGCUCCUUUGGAUGUUGAUGGUCUACUAUUUAGUUUAUAAGCUGUCGUCGAUAGAUAAGUUGAGAUCUUCGACAGAGUGGAAGUCACCCAUACUCCAAAUUCAUUGAAACAUCUCACGCUUGCUUAGUCUUAUCAAAAAAACAAUGAGAGCAACUGGAAAUGCUCGACAUUAUGAGCAGAAGAAUUCCUUAUCCUUAUUACGCUUCUAUUACGCAAACAUUCAAAUAAGCUUCAAACGAUUUUUCAUCUAGUUCAUGGUAAACGCUCGUCUAGGCACAAUCUAAGUAGGUGCCUACGUUGAUGAAGAGGCGACCAACAGACAUACGGAUCGCGAGGUAUUAAGAGACGACAAUGGAAGAUGUAUAUUACUAACAUUCGCGCGAUAUGGAGGAAGGUGGUGGUGCCAGAAAAUAUAGUGAAGAAAGUGAAGUCCUAAACCUCCCGCUUUUGGCUCUAAAGCCUCUGAAGCUGCUCUAAAGCUGCAUCAAAGAGGUGUGGUGAUGAUACUUAGG